AUGGAGUCUCACCAUCUCAGCACCGGCCCAGAUACCAACAUCCAUUUCACCAUCACCAAAGCUCAGUCUUCCUCAUCAUCUACGCCACUUCUUCUCUUCCUCCACUACUGGGGCGGUUCCAGCUCAACAUGGCACAAGCAAACUUCACUUACAUCCCCACACACCCUCGGCAACGCAUACAACACAGUCGCUAUUGACCUUCGCGGUUGGGGGCAAUCCACAGGACCCGCAGACAGCUCAAAAGACUACUCCAUUACUCCCAUGGCAUUGGACGUUGCCUCGGUGCUAUCCCACCUCCAGAGCACCACCUCCCUCGUCGACAACGGCGUGAUCCUGAUCGGUCACUCCAUGGGAGCGAAGGUCACCCUAGCUACUCUUUCGAAGCUUUCCGACAGCCUGUUAUCCCUCAUUAAGGGCCUCGUACUCGUCGCCCCGGCACCCCCAACACCACUGAUCCUGCCCGCUGAGAUGAGCGAGCAACAACGCAAAGCAUAUGAUAACGAAGCCUCUGUUCGGUGGACGGUCGAGAAUGUUCUGUCUAGUGUGCAGAAUAUUUCGAGUGACGAUAUGAACAUGGCCAUUAGGGAUAGUUUGGCGGGAAGUACUCUUGCUCGGGACGGGUGGAUUUUACAUGGCAUGCAGGAGGAUAUUACAUCUGCUUUGGAUGAGGUCUCUACUCGGCUGGAAGGGUGGAAGGUUAGGGUGAGUGUACUGGCUGGAUCGGAGGAUAUUGUUGAGAUUAAGGAUCGAAUUGAGAAGGAGGUCGUUGGGGCGCUGGCUCAAAGGGGCUUUGAGGUGCAGUUUGAGGUUUUCAAGGGCGUGAAGCAUUUGAUUCCGUUGGAAAAUCCGGAGGGUAUCGCUAGGGCUAUUCGCUCGAUUGUCGCAUAG